CUGAAUUUCGAGCCGCCACCAGAAGGGGCGCUGUUGUCUCCUAACAUACCCAUAAGCGGAGGAGUGAGAGGUGCAUGAAAUGGAGAAAAAUGGCGGAUCAUGUGCAGGGCCUUGCCCAGCUGGAGAUCCUGUGUAAGCAGCUGUAUGAGACCACCGACACCGCCGUGCGACACCAGGCAGAGAAAGCUCUGGUGGAGUUCACCAACAGCCCUGACUGUCUCAGUAAAUGUCAGCUGCUGCUGGAGAGAGGCAGUUCUUCUUAUUCUCAGCUACUUGCCGCCACUUGUUUAUCUAAACUGGUGUCUCGGACUAGUAACCCUUUACCCCUUGAGCAACGCAUUGACAUUCGGAACUAUGUGUUGAAUUACCUGGCAACACGGCCGAAGUUAGCAGCAUUUGUGACCCAGGCUCUGAUCCAGCUUUAUGCUCGGAUCACCAAACUGGGCUGGUUUGACUGUCAGAAAGAUGACUACGUCUUUAGAAACGUCAUCGCUGAUGUUACGCGAUUCCUGCAGGACAGCGUGGAGCAUUGCAUCAUAGGUGUCACCAUCCUGUCCCAGCUGACGAACGAGAUAAAUCAGGCCGACACAACGCAUCCGCUGACCAAACAUAGGAAGAUUGCGUCAUCGUUCAGAGACUCCUCGCUCUUUGACAUCUUCACACUUUCCUGCAACCUCCUCAAACAGGCUUCAGGGAAGAACCUGAACCUGAACGAUGAGUCCCAGCACGGCCUGCUGAUGCAGCUCCUCAAGCUCAGCUACAAUUGCCUCAACUUUGAUUUUAUAGGAACUUCCACAGACGAGUCAUCAGAUGACCUUUGCACUGUACAGAUUCCAACAUCAUGGAGAUCAGCGUUUCUCGAUUCCUCCACCCUGCAGCUGUUUUUCAAUUUAUAUCAUUCCCUCCCUCCGUCCCUUUCCCCGCUGGUACUGUCCUGUUUAGUUCAGAUCGCCUCUGUCAGGCGGUCUCUCUUCAACAAUGCAGAGCGAGCAAAGUUCCUCUCCCAUCUGGUGGACGGCGUGAAGAGGAUAUUGGCGAACCCACAAUGUCUGCCGGAUCCCAACAACUACCACGAGUUCUGCCGCCUGCUGGCGAGGCUGAAGAGUAACUACCAGCUGGGAGAACUGGUCAAAGUGGAGAACUACCCUGAGGUGAUCCGUCUCAUUGCCAACUUCACCGUCACCAGCCUGCAGCACUGGGAGUUUGCCCCCAACAGUGUCCACUACCUGCUGAGUCUGUGGCAGCGCCUGGCAGCGUCUGUCCCCUACGUCAAAGCCACCGAGCCCCACCUGCUGGAGACCUACACCCCAGAGGUGACCAAGGCCUACAUCACGUCGCGGCUGGAGUCGGUCCACGUCAUCCUCAGAGACGGCUUAGAGGACCCUCUGGAUGACGCUGGGCUGGUCCAGCAGCAGUUGGACCAGUUGUCCACCAUCGGCCGGUGUGAGUACGAGAAGACGUGUGCUCUGCUGGUGCAGCUGUUUGACCAGGCAGCUCAGACCUACCAGGAGCUGCUGCAGUCCACCAACUCCAGUGCUGCAGACGUCACCGUGCAGGAGGGUCGGUUGACAUGGUUGGUCUAUAUAAUCGGAGCCGUGAUCGGUGGACGGGUGUCGUUUGCCAGUACGGAUGAGCAGGAUGCCAUGGAUGGAGAGUUGGUCUGCCGGGUUCUGCAGCUGAUGAACCUGACGGACUCCCGGCUGGCUCAGGCAGGCAACGAGAGGCUAGAGCUGGCCAUGCUCAGCUUCUUCGAACAGUUCCGAAAAAUCUACAUCGGCGACCAGGUGCAGAAGUCCUCAAAGCUUUAUCGACGAUUAUCAGAGGUUCUGGGGCUGAACGAUGAGACGAUGGUACUCAGCGUCUUUAUAGGGAAAAUCAUUACAAACUUGAAGUACUGGGGCCAGUGUGAGCCGAUCACGUCCAAAACCCUCCAGCUGCUGAACGACCUCUCCUUAGGAUACAGCAGCGUGAGGAAGCUGGUGAAGCUCAGCGCUGUCCAGUUCAUGCUGAACAACCACACCAGUGAGCAUUUCUCUUUCCUGGGCGUGAACAACCAGUCCAACCUGAGUGACAUGCGCUGUCGGACCACCUUCUACACGGCCUUGGGUCGCCUGCUCAUGGUCGAUCUGGGUGAGGACGAGGACCAGUUUGAACAGUUCAUGUUACCUCUGACUGCUGCGUUUGAGGCUGUGGCUCAGAUGCUGAGUACGAACACAUUCAACGAGCAGGAAGCCAAGAGGACUUUGGUGGGUUUGGUGCGAGACCUCCGGGGCAUCGCGUUUGCCUUCAACGCCAAGACAAGUUUCAUGAUGCUGUUCGACUGGAUAUACCCAACGUACAUGCCCAUCCUGCAGCGGGCCAUCGAGCUGUGGUACCACGACCCGGCCUGCACCACUCCUGUCCUCAAGCUAAUGGCGGAGCUCGUUCACAACAGAUCGCAGCGGCUUCAGUUUGACGUAUCGUCACCAAAUGGGAUCCUGCUGUUCAGGGAAACCAGCAAGAUGAUCACCACAUACGGGAACCGGAUCCUGACGCUGGGCGAGGUUCCUAAGGACCAGGUGUAUGGCGUCAAGCUGAAGGGCGUCAGCGUGUGCUUCGCCAUGCUCAAGGCCGUGCUCAGCGGAAACUACGUCAACUUUGGGGUCUUCCGUCUCUAUGGCGAUGACGCCCUGGACAACGCCUUGCAGACCUUCAUCAAACUACUGCUCUCCAUCCCUCACAGUGACUUACUAGAUUACCCGAAGCUCAGCCAGUCCUUCUACUCUCUGCUGGAGGUUCUGACUCAGGACCACAUGAACUUCAUCGCCAGUUUAGAGCCGCACGUCGUCAUGUACAUCCUGUCAUCGAUAUCAGAAGGCCUCACGGCGCUGGAUACGAUGGUGUGCACCGGCUGCUGCUCCAGUUUGGACCACAUAGUCACCUACCUGUUCAAGCAGCUGUCACGCUCCACCAAGAAGAGGCCUGCUCCCAUGGCAACAGACGACCGCUUCCUGCACAUCAUGCAGCAGCACCCAGAGAUGAUCCAGCAGAUGCUGUCCACCGUGUUGAACAUCAUCAUCUUCGAGGACUGCAGGAAUCAGUGGUCCAUGUCCAGGCCACUGCUGGGCCUUAUCCUGCUCAAUGAGAAGUAUUUCGCUGACCUGAGGAACAGCAUCGUCAGCAGCCAGCCUCCUGAGAAGCAGCAGGCCAUGCACUUAUGCUUUGAGAACUUGAUGGAGGGAAUAGAGCGAAACCUUCUAACAAAGAAUCGAGACAGGUUCACACAGAACCUGUCCGUGUUCAGGAGGGAAGUCAAUGACAGCAUGAAGAACUCGACGUACGGCGUCAACAGCAACGACAUGAUGAGCUGACAUUCCACACGGCAGAGCCUCACCCAGCUGCAGAGCAGGCGCCCCCCAGACCCUCACCCUGCGUCCCCCCCCGCCUCCCCCAGCCUCCUCCCUGGGCCGGGAUGCCUAAGGGACAUCUUCUCACCCCGACACCACAUCGACUAAAGUUUCCCGCCUUCUUUUUGAUAUAAGCAUAUAUAAAUAUAUACAGAUCUAUUUUAAAGCCAGUCCGUGUUGGUCUGACUCACCUGGUGGAGGGGGGGGGGGGUUGCAUGUCUUGGCACGUCUUGGCACUCUAAAUCACUGACAGAGGAAGGCGAGAGUGCUGUGGCUGAGAAACGGAGGAAACGGGACCGCAGAGGACGAACACCGGUAACCGUAGUAACCCGCUUCUGCCUGCCUUGUAUAGAAAACACACAGAAAAAGAAAAAAAACAAACCAAGUGUACAUUUUUUUUUCGUAACAUUUUGAACAAUGUUUAUAAUGAUCGAAUUUAAACCAGAUGAUGAGUUGAGGAUUGAACCCACGUGUGAUUGAGCUUUUUACAGUGUAGUGAGUUAGUGCAAACUGUCCGUCUGCGUGGGGGACGAGGGGGGGCAGAGGUACACACACUAACAGAAAGGGAGUCAGAGCACCAUGCUGUACAUUUUUCUCAGUCUCUGUUUGAAGUGAUGUAAAUAGUUGUGCAGCAGCAGGGAGGCAGCUCUUAAAGGAACAUUCUGCUGUUUUUAUUUAGUCCAACUUUUCAACAUGGCUCCUAAACGUUAUCCAGCAGGAGGAAGCAGAGAAAUCUCCCGCGUGGGUUUGCUGCUCCUCGGUUCUUCUUCUUAGUUUUGGAACGUGACACUAACUGACUUCUGGCUUUCCCCACAACAAAAUAUUAAUACGCAGCCAAUGUUCUGGCUGGGUUUCACCAAAUCUCUUCAUCAGUGAGGUAAUUAAACGUCAAGUGGUUCUGAUGUGGUCCCACUCUGACACUUCUCUCUGUUUUCUCCAAGGGUUUCACUCAUGCUAGUUUUUCAUCCGUUUUGAUCAUAAGAAAAGCAGUCUUUAAGAGUUAUUCAUUUAACAGAGACCAAAUAUGGAAGUUAUCUGUAAUCUAAAACAAAAAUAAUCAAUAAAACCUAAAGAAUCCAGAGUGAGUAUUAAUAAGCAUGAGAUUGGAGGCGGACCAUUCCUCUGCUGUAGUUUUAAACAUUAUGGAGUUUUUUCUGAAGGAGUUAAAGAAGCAUUUGUGCAUCAUUCCUCACUGCUGCUUUGCUUUCCGGCUGCAGUGAAACAUCUGCUCAGUGUUUCUUUCUUCCCUCUGUCUUCUACCACCAACCAGCACUAAAUUGCUCUGCAGUGUUUCUGCUGUCCUGCCUGAACGCCGUAGAGUCGGGAGUCUGAGUGUCGCAGCUGAUCAGAAAGAAACCCCAAACAGAAAAACAACCCCCGCCCUCCAGCAGAUUUUUCCUUUAAAGCCUGACGGUCCUGCAGGCGUCACACACGCCUGCUGCUUGACGACAUGUAAGCAACAUGGUCGCAGCUCCGUUUCCCCCUCUGGCAGGCUCGGUGCAGUAUCCACCAUUUUGUUUACACUCUGGAUUCCUCGGACCCCCAUUUGGGUCCUGCAGUGAAGUCCUUUUGGUGUGGGUGUGGGUGUGUGGGUGUGUGUGUGUGUGUGUGUGUGGAGUGGUGUGGCUCUCUGUUGCCUGGUGUGUGUGUUGUCACUUGGUGAACUGCGGUAGAGCUCAAAUGGCCAAGGUGUGUGUGUGUGUGUGUGUGUCUGAAGACAGACUCUGAAUAAUCAGAAGGGGAGGCCAGCGUGGCGACAUGGAGACCAGCUCAGCCUGAAGAACCUCAGUAGAAGUCGGGACAGUGUAAAGGCGUCUCUUAGCAACGUGUGUUACUCUGUACGAUGUUGCUGCUAACUGUUUGUGACAACUAGCUCAUCUCUAACCAUGUCAGCACUCACGGAUGUUCCUAAGUUUGGUUUGUGUCCCUGAUUUGAAUGUGUUGGGUCCAUAGAGUGAAUAGCUGUUUGAGUUGUUUGGAUGUCUGCUACAUAUAGUGUAAGCAUUGUGACUGCAAAUAAACCUCAUUGAUUUUUACAACACUG